GGUCGGGGCUUGGGAAGAGCCGGGCAGGACUCCGGCGCCCAGAGACGGAGCCACGGAGGUUCCUGAGCGAGGAGCUCGGCGGAGGCGCUGCCUGGAUUGGGAGCGAUCCCGUUCGCGAACGCCCCAAAGCCCUGAUCAUGACUACUACUCUAGUGCUGACGCCGCACGUUUUAAAAGACAACCAAGGCGCAGGGGGGAAUUAUCUCCUGUAUGGAUCCAGUGCUUCUGAGCUGAAUGAAGAAACUGAAUAUAUAAAACAGAUAAGAGCAACUCUAGCUAAAGUUCAGCCUCUGCUGUGUAAAAACUAUGGGGUUUCAAGUGGCACACUGAAUUCAAAGCCACGUCUUCAAGAACCUGGAUUGAACUCUGACCAAGAGAGCUUGGCUUCCAGCUGUAUGAAGAUAGUGGAGCAGGUGGAAGAGGUGGAACAGCAGUUGUCACGGAUGAACAAAGAAAACGAAUGGCUGCAGAUCAAGCUGGAGGCCUCAAGAGCAGCUGGAAUAGAGUCUGUGAAAAGUGCUUCAUGUAUAAUCCAAGAUGACUACAAUCGGCGCUAUGAAGAUUUUAAGAAAAGGCAUGAAGAAGUUAUACGUAGAAUGAAGGCACGAAAGUUGGAGCACGAAGAGACGUUAAAUCAAAAUAUGGACAACCUCAGUCGAAUGAAUAUAGCACUUCAAGGAAAGUACAACCAGAUUGAGGAGCUGGAGAAGCGAGUCCAGAGAAUGGGAGAGGAAAAGAAGACGCUGAAAGAAAAGCAACGGUUAUUAAAAGGGAAGCUGCAACAAAUGAUGUCGAAAGCAGAAGACACUAACAGCUGCGUCGUAGUUCAGACAGAAAUCUCCACUCUUCAGGAACAAAUUAGUCAUCUGGAGAACGUAAUACAUUCUCAGCAUCAAAACUUACACGCUUUGAUUCAUCAGAUUGAAGACUUGAAUAAUGAGCUAAGACUUCAAGAUGAAAACAUAGAAUCCCUAAAAGAGAAGAUUGGGACUCUACAGGCAAAGAAUGAAGAACUGAAGGACAAAGUGCAAUUCUGGUCUAGCCAGUCCAAAUCAACAGCUUCCAAAGCAGUUUCCGCAAAGCUUGACGUGGCCACGCCGUACACCAUGAUAACGAGACUGCGCAAAUAAGACGUCCCUGGGAUCCUGUUCUUCUUCGACUUCCUGUUGAGGAUUCCUCUCCUAUGCAAUUCUGUUUUGAAACAUUCUGCAUAGGAAAAGCACUUCCCUCGCAGCAUGCUGGUUCGUGACUACGGCAGGACAGAUGGUAGCCCAGGAGGGCCUUUCCAAUCGAAGAAGCAGAGUCUUGAUGUGAAGGAGGACUUGGAAGAUGGCCACGAAGCGGUGGCGGAGGAGGAAACGGCUUUGCUUUUUAUUUAUUUAGAGACACACGGCUAUAGAAGUGUGUUUGACUCCUCUGAUGACAGAAUUUUUCUGCUGUUAGAACUGAUUCAGCCAGGAAAUUCUUUGUGCCAUACGCAAGGAGACGCAUCCAGUUAUACUGAUAAAUGUUUGAAGGGUGAAUGAAACUGAACUUGAGCCUAGAAUAUAACAGUCUUGGGUCGAAUCCCCACUUGAAAUUUGCACGCAGAUCCAAACCUGUUCGUUGUGAAACCGCGUCCGCGUCCUCUUCAUCGGAGUUUCUCCCUCCCCACCACAGCCAGCACAC